CGAUCCCGUUCCAGGUGGAGGCGACGAGGCCCGGUUUGCGUGCCACGCCGCCCCCCCUACCGUCCCUGGUUUGCUGCCCAAGGGAGGCGGUGGCGAAACCUCACCCUCCAUCCUCCUCCUCCUCCUCCUCCUUUCUGCGAGGAGGAGCUAUAUAUAGACCGGGCUGGACGCUCUUGGAUCCUCACCGAUUUGGUUUGAUUUAAUCUGAGGUUGUGUUCAGUGAGAUUCUUGGAGGGAAGGGUUUGGUUUGGUUUGGAUUUCGGGGAGAAGAGAACAAUGGCGACCGCCGGGAAGGUGAUCAAGUGCAAAGCGGCGGUGGCAUGGGAGGCCGGGAAGCCGCUGGUGAUCGAGGAGGUGGAGGUGGCGCCGCCGCAGGCCAUGGAGGUGCGCGUCAAGAUCCUCUUCACCUCGCUCUGCCACACCGACGUCUACUUCUGGGAGGCCAAGGGACAGACUCCCGUGUUCCCUCGGAUCUUCGGCCAUGAAGCUGGAGGUAUUGUGGAGAGUGUUGGAGAGGGUGUGACUGAUCUUGCCCCUGGUGACCAUGUCCUCCCUGUGUUCACUGGGGAGUGCAAGGAGUGUCCCCACUGCAAGUCAGCAGAGAGCAACAUGUGUGAUCUACUCAGGAUCAACACUGACAGGGGCGUGAUGAUUGGCGACGGCAAGUCGCGGUUUUCUAUCAAUGGGAAGCCUAUUUACCAUUUCGUUGGGACUUCGACCUUCAGUGAGUACACUGUCAUGCAUGUUGGUUGCGUGGCAAAGAUCAACCCGGAGGCUCCCCUUGAUAAAGUGUGUGUUCUUAGCUGUGGUAUUUCUACUGGUCUCGGUGCUACAAUCAACGUUGCAAAACCACCAAAGGGAUCAACUGUGGCGAUAUUCGGUCUAGGAGCUGUAGGCCUUGCUGCCGCAGAAGGUGCAAGGAUUUCAGGAGCAUCCAGGAUCAUCGGUGUUGACCUGAACCCCAACAGAUUUGAAGAAGCUAGGAAAUUUGGUUGCACAGAAUUUGUGAACCCAAAGGACCAUGACAAGCCAGUUCAGCAGGUACUUGCUGAGAUGACCAACGGUGGAGUCGACCGCAGUGUUGAAUGCACUGGCAACAUCAACGCCAUGAUUCAAGCCUUUGAAUGUGUUCAUGAUGGCUGGGGUGUCGCUGUUCUUGUCGGUGUGCCGCACAAGGACGCCGAGUUCAAGACCCACCCGAUGAACUUCCUGAACGAGAGGACUCUCAAGGGAACCUUCUUCGGCAACUACAAGCCGCGCACUGAUCUGCCCAACGUCGUCGAGCUGUACAUGAAGAAGGAGCUGGAGGUGGAGAAGUUCAUCACGCACAGCGUGCCGUUCUCGGAGAUCAACACGGCGUUCGACCUGAUGCACAAGGGAGAGGGCAUCCGCUGCAUCAUCCGCAUGGAGAACUGAGAGGUUUUCUGGGGUUUUCUGGGGUGUUGGGUAAUAAGAUGAUGGCAGCUUGAGCCUGUCCAUGGUGGUGGUGAUGAUGCACACGGUUCUUCCUGUGUAUCCUGGGCAAAUUUCGGCUUUGUCAAUCAGCAGUAGUAUGGAGUUAUUACCCCCUGUGAUCUUUUGGCGUAAUAUUAUCAUAUAAAACAUACGAGUUUCAGUUCUUGAUC